AUGGCCUUAAAAAGUGAAGAUAAAGCUUACUUAAAGAAGAAAUUAAAAGGGGUUAUCUUUGGCAGUGUAAUUGAUGAUACAGGAUCGACUCUUCUUCACGAAGCUGCUUAUUCUGGCAGUCCAGUUGCAGUUGACUACUUAAUAAAUUCUGGAUGUCAAAUAGACGCCCAAAAGGACGAUGGCUCAACUCCAUUAAUGUUGGCUGUGGCGAGAACUCAAGUUAAAAACGUAGAAUUGUUGCUCGACGCUAACGCCGACAUUCAUAAAAUUCAUGACAGUACCGGCCAAAAUGCAUUGCAAAUGGCUUUAAAAUCUUAUAAUAGUUCCGAAACAUUAAGGAUCAUGAAGAUGUUUCUUGUUAAAACAAAAAAAAUUUGUCUCUCUAAUGAAGAGCUAGCAGAUAUUUUAUUGAGCUCUAACUGUGUUUUAGAUCGAAUUAUGUAUUUAGGUAAUUCAAAUUUAACGAAAGUAAUACUCGAUCGUGGUUUUAAUGUUAAUGUGAAAAAUUCCGAGACUGGUAACACUGCCUUGCACAUAGCUGCAAAAUUAAAUGAUGUGAAAAACGUUUCGAUGCUAUUGCAGUAUAAAGCUGAUGUGAAUGCAGUGAACGCCGUUGACCAAGUACCGUUCACGUAUCACAUUAUUCACAGGAAGGUACAAAAUUUAGUAAUCAUGUAUAAUAUAAUUCCCGAAGACAUAAACUGGACGAGUCCAGACAAAGAAGACCCCCGGAGACUUAAACUCUACCCAAUAUUCGCUAAUGGUACCGAAGAAACGAUAAAUCUGUUUAUUAAAAAGUUUAAGGUUAAUUUCAAGGUACGAGACCACUGUGGUAGAACAGCUUUACACUACUUGUCUUUUAACAACAACAGAAAAGCUCUGAAACCGUUGCGGUACAUAAAUUUUGAUAUAAACGCUAGUGAUAUUAACGGGGAAACUGCAUUGCACGUCGCGGCAAGGCAAGAGGCAUCGUACGUUUUGGAAUUUUUGCUAGACAAGAAGGCAGAUGUCAAUGCAUUAGAUAACAAUGGCUAUUCACCUUUAUUUCACGCAAUUCAUAAAAAAGGAAAGACAUCGCGUCGUGUAUGGUGCGUCAAUCUUCUCAUGCAGCAUCAUGCCGAUGCGCAAAUCAUAUCUGAAAGUAAUGAAACGGUCAUUCAAAUGUGUAUUGAAUUGAAAAAUUAUAAUUUGGCCGAACCUAUUUUAGCACAUCUUGCAAUAUUAGAUGAAUUCGGUACACCCAUCAAUGAAAUCAUUCAACAACAGAUCGACUCAGUAAAGAGACUUAGAGACUUUUAUAAAUCGUGUACGCGACAAUUAGCAAGAAUGAAAGAGGAUGUGAUUUUUGAAAACAAGACAUUAUUCGAUUUUUUAGCUGAAAGACAAGAAGAAAAAAUCUUUCAAUAUGUACGUAGACCAGAAGUUGUUGAAAAAUUUAGACGCAACACGUUUAAUUCAAGUUCAUACUAUUUUAUUAAAGCUUCCAAAUGA